GGAGGCGGCGCUGAGCGGGUGACGCGGCAGCUCCCACCGGGCAUAAAUAGCGGCAGCAGCGCCAGCUCCUGCCGCGGACACGUCGAGGGAUCCUCGUGCGCUUCCCCACGCCGCUGAGCUGCGCCAUGCAGUAAGCGACCCUCCCGGCCUCCCCUCUACGCCACGCCUGAACUGAGCGAGACACUUGGACCUGCACUGACCAGCCACGCCCAGUUCCCAUCGCUGCUCAAGAUGGCCAGGGGCAGCGUUAUCCUGCUAGCCUGGCUCCUGUUGGUUGCGACCCUGUCAGCCACUCUGGGGCUUGGGAUGCCAGCAAAGGAGAAGAGAGGCUGGACCCUGAACAGCGCUGGCUACCUUCUGGGCCCACAUGCCAUUGACAACCACAGAUCAUUUAGCGACAAGCAUGGCCUCACAGGCAAGAGGGAGUUACAACUGGAAGCGGAGGAAGGAAGACUAGGAAGUGCUGAUGUGCCCCUGCCUGAGCGCAACAUCGUCCGCACUAUAAUGGAGUUUCUCAGUUUCUUGCACCUUAAAGAGGCCGGGGCCCUCGACAGCCUGCCUGGCAUCCCCUUGGCCACCUCCUCAGAAGACCUAGAGCAGUCCUGAGACCACGCCUUCUGUGCAUGUGUGUCCUGUGCUAUAAUUUAAAGUCAUUCUAGGCUAAGAAGAAUCUUCUGCCAACUCCUCAAGCCAACCGUCUGUUUUCUGCUUUGAUGCUGUGUUAUUAUAAUUAAGAUGUUUUGAUUGGUGUAAUUAUAUUAUGUGAUAUAAUAAAAACUAGCAAGUAUC